AUGGUUGCUGAAUUGAAGCAGUUAUAUGGCAAAUCCAUAUUCUUGUCCGUCGAUGUGAAAAAGGAUUAUUUCAAUCAUACUCUAACAAGUGUCUAUAUAAGUCCUCAGGAUCCCGUGGAGAACUUGGAAGAAAGACAAGAAGAAAUAGCUUGGUAUUUGAGUAAAAUUUUCUAUCUCAGCCCUGAUAAAGUGGCGGAUAUCAGUUCAACAAUCGCGCAAUUGGAUACGGAGUUAAGUCUAGAGCCUGUGGAUAUGGAUGGCGAAGAAGAAAAUCACUUGCAUGAAAAAUAUCCGCGCUUUGAUGUCAAAUCAUUUUUGGCAACUGCCCUCAACGUGACCACCUCCGAACUGCCCGAACAUAUUUACAUCUAUGAUGAAGGGACUUUUUCAAAUAUUUUGCAAUUGGUCGAAACGACAGAUGAGGAUAUUCUAAGGGACUACAUGCUGUGGCAAUUAAUGGAGGAAUAUUUAGUUGUCACCUCGACUAUGAAACCAGCCGAUCGUGAGGAGUUCUGCACCGAACAGGCGAAAAAAUAUUUUGGUGAAUAUAUAGAUCAUGUCGUUUAUGGGGAAUAUCGUUUGGACACCUACGAACAGGAGUUAGUCGAAUUAUGGCAACAAAUAAGGUCAAGCUUCAGGAAAGCUCUUGAAACGAAUAGUUAUCCCUGGAUGACGGAACCCGUAAAAACGGAAGCCCUCAAUAAAUUAAACAAUAUGAAAUUGCGAAUUAAUUCCUACGAUCACAUUGAUUUUCCCAAAUAUUUCCAAUCGCUGGAAAUCCAAUCCCACAAUUAUGUGGAAAAUAUACAAAAUAUUUUACUCAAUCGUCAAAUCCAAGUGACGAAUAAGCUACAAGCUGCAGCCGAAUCAUUGGACACCACACAAUUGUUCUCCUUCACCCCGGUCUAUAUAAGUUCCCAAAACACCAUCAUAAUCCCCGUCAGCCUUUUGCAACCCUUCUACUUUUGGCAUCCCGUCUAUCCGAAAACCAUAAAAUUUGCCACUCUAGGCACUCUGGUGGAGUGA